CAAAUUGGUUAUAUUCGCGAAGAAAUUGUUAGCACAGCAAUCGCAAAUGUGUUUGAAAAAUAUUAUUUCAAAAAGAAACUGUUCCAAUUCAAUAGUGAAUGUGCCCGUGUGGUUUGGCUACGGUUGUUCAAUAUCCUUAUUGGAGACAGGAUACAACUGGAAAGGCGAUACAUUUGAUUGUCGAUGUCGAACCGCAACCUUCGUCUGUCGACUCCUGGAUAUUUGGGAAGGUAUCGCAAAUUUCUAUCCAAAAAUCAACACCUACACUAACAUUUAUUCCCCCAUUACCAUCGAUAAUUGCUACGAAGCCAUUAAAUAGAAUCACGCAAAAACAACAAACAAAAUUAAGAUAUAUUAACAAAGAAAAAUUAAAACAAAAGAAUAAAGAGGGAACGAUGAUAUCUUCUGAAAUAAAAAAAUCAUGUAAAGUAUUUAAUGAAAGGAAAAAAUCAAAUAGUUAUUCGAAAAACGACAGCUAUUUACCUAUGCCUGAACAACAUACCAUAGAUUCAACAGAAAGAAUAUAUGAUCGACCAAAUAAUUUCAAAGAAAAGAAUAAGACUGACUUAUUGGUAAAGAUUUCAAAGCAAAAUGGCAACAAUAAGGAUGAUAGUAAACAGGAAAACAUAACAAAUAUUCAGCAAUUGUCGAAAAAUUUAAAACAAAAUAAAAUGAAACUCUUGCCAUGGAAAAAGGAAACAGCAGCGAAGAUACCACUCCAACGAUCAUUGGAGAGGAUAGAGAUCUUGUGUACAAUUUUACCAGAUCACAGCGACUAUCCUGAAUCGAACACUUUAAAUGUGAAACGAAUGAAAUAAAUAUGGGUAAAUAAAACAAAUAUUUUUUAUAAUCUUUGUUUAUUGUUAAGAUCACAAAUUAGAAUCAACAUCACAUAUAGGCGGUAUUGAGCUGAAGAAAAACUAGAUGUUUUAUAUAUCUACAACAAUUUAAUCGAUAAAAGGAUCUAUGUAUAUGUUCGAUGUAAUGGAAAUUUUACAAAUGAAAGUUGUAUGUGGAGUAAAUUUUAUUAAGAAGAAAAAGAAUAUAUGAAUGAACUUAAAUGAAUAUGAACUAA